AUGGCCAUUCGUGCCCCUCCCCUCCCCCUCUCUCUUCCCAAUGACGACGACCUCCACAGCUUGGCCGGCUGCUCGUCGACGGCCAGAUCCGAGACACACUCUGAUUCUUCAUCGACCCACCUCCUCCCUCCUCUUGGCCUCACGAUCCCCAUCGCCCUCCUGAUGUUGAAUAAAUUAACUAAGCAAUUGAAUGGAGAAGACUGGAGUUGGAAUAACCUCAAUACUCUAUGCUGGGCUAUUGGAUCAAUAUCUGGUAGUAUGGUGGAGGAACAGGAGAACAAAUUCUUGGUGAUGGUUAUUCGUGAUUUGCUAAAUCUCUAUGAAAUCACGAAGGGGAAAGACAACAAAGCUGUUAUUGCGAGUAACAUCAUGUAUGUGGUUGGUCAGUACCCAAGAUUUCUCAGGGCUCAUUGGAAGUUUCUGAAGACAGUAGUCAACAAAUUAUUUGAGUUCAUGCAUGAGAUGCAUCCUGGAGUUCAGGAUAUGGCGUGUGAUACAUUCCUGAAAAUUGUUCAGAAAUGCAAGCGCAAGUUUGUGACACAACAGGUGGGCGAGAACGAACCAUUUGUUUCUGAACUGCUCACCAACCUUGCUACGACAAUUCUUGAUCUUGAGCCGCAUCAGAUUCAAAUUGAGCCAGGAUAG